GAACGGCGUGCAAACCAGAGGGGCUGAGGCUGCAGCUGCUGCCGGCUCCCGGAGCCCCAUCUCGCUCCCAGAAUAGCGCAGCUCAGUUCCCGGCAGCCUCAGGCCCCACCGCAGCUGGGCUUCCGCCACAGGGCGGCGAAAGAGACAGUCAAGCCCCACCAGCCCUGGGAACAGCUGGGACUGGACACGCCCAGAAGCCAGCUGGCUGGGCCUGCCUGCCCUGCCCUGCCCGAGGUGCCAUCUCCGGGUCCCAGCUGGAGCCUGGCCCGGGAGCCAGGAUGGCGGUGCACAGAGCCCUGCUGACGUGCCUGGGACUGCCUCUCCUCCUACUCCCGGGAGCCCGGGCCCAGAACGCCCCUCCUGGCUGUAGCCCAGACCUCAAUCCCCUCUACUACAACCUGUGCGACCGCUCUGGGGCUUGGGGCAUCGUCCUGGAGGCGGUGGCCGGGGCAGGGGUCGUCACCACGUUCGUGCUCACCAUCAUCCUCGUGGCCAGCCUGCCCUUCGUGCAGGACACCAAGAAGCGCAGCCUGCUAGGCACCCAGGUCUUCUUCCUCCUGGGCACCCUGGGCCUCUUCUGCCUCGUGUUCGCCUGCGUGGUGAAGCCCGACUUCUCCACCUGUACGUCCCGGCGCUUCCUCUUCGGCGUCCUGUUUGCCAUCUGCUUCUCCUGCCUGGUGGCCCACGUCUUUGCCCUCAACUUCCUGGCCCGGAAGAACCACGGGCCGCGGGGCUGGGUGAUCUUCGUGGUGGCUCUGCUGCUGACCCUGGUGGAGGUCAUUAUCAACACGGAGUGGUUGGUCAUCACCCUGGUGCGAGGGGGCGGCGAGGUUGGUGCCGCGGCCAAUGGCAGUUCAAGCUGGGCAGUGGCCUCCCCCUGCGCCAUUGCCAACAUGGACUUCGUCAUGGCGCUCAUCUACGUCAUGCUGCUGCUCCUGGGCGCCUUCGUGGGCACCUGGCCCGCCCUGUGCGGCCGCUUCAAGCGCUGGCGCAAGCACGGGGUCUUCGUGCUGCUCACCACGGCCACGUCCAUUGCCAUCUGGGUGGUGUGGAUCGUCAUGUACACCUACGGCAACGAGCAGCACAGUAGCCCCACCUGGGACGACCCCACGCUGGCCAUCGCCCUCGCCGCCAACGCCUGGGCCUUUGUUCUCUUCUAUGUCAUCCCCGAGGUCUCCCAGGUGACCAAGGCCAGCCCCGAGCAAAGCUACCAGGGGGACAUGUACCCGACCCGGGGCGUGGGCUACGAGACCAUCCUCAAGGAGCAGACCGGCCAGAGCAUGUUUGUGGAGAACAAGGCUUUCUCCAUGGACGAGCCAGCCUCAGCUAAGAGACCAGUGUCCCCGUACAGCGGCUACAACGGGCAGCUGCUGACCAGCGUCUACCAGCCCACUGAGAUGACCCUGAUGCACAAGGGCCCGGCUGAGGGAGCUUACGACGUCAUCCUCCCGCGGGCCACGGCCAACAGCCAGGUGGUGGGCAGUGCCAACUCAACCCUGCGGGCCGAGGACAUGUGCGCGGCUGCCCAGAGCCACCGGGUGGCCACACCGCCCCAAGAUGGCAAGAGCUCACAGGUCUUUAGAAACCCCUAUGUGUGGGACUGAGGCGGCGCAGCCGGGAGGAGCGGAGGAGCCGGGCCCUCAGGACCCAGCCCGGGCGAGGGCCCCUCCUGGAACCCGUGCCCUGUGGCUCAUUCUCCUUUGCUGGCUGGCCCUUGGCAGCUCUCGUCUGAGCGUGAGGUUACCCGUAUGCCAACGUCUGGGUGGGUGUCCUGGGCGGCCCCACCCACUCCUCAGUGUUUGUGGAGUCGGGGAGCCAGCCCCAGCUUCAUGCCAGGGUCCCCCACGGCGGUCCUGCUCCAGCCAAGUAGUGUUUUGGGGGGGUGGGGUGGCCGCCAGGCGCUCCGGGCCGGGCUUGCUCCUCUGUGAGGAACAAGGCUGCCUAAUAAAAGUCUCUGCUUUAUAAACUCA